AUGACCCAAAUUCUGUUCCAGCAGUUGGUACCGUUGCAAGUGAAAUGCAAAGACUGCGAAGAAAGGAGACUAGGUGUUAGAGUGAGCAUUGAACUACAAUCAGUUUCUAAUCCACUUCACAGAAAGGAUUUAGUGAUUCGUCUGACUGAUGAUACUGAUCCAUUUUUCCUGUAUAACCUCGUUAUUUCUGAGGAAGAUUUUCAGAGUUUAAAAUUCCAGCAAGGCCUUCUAGUUGACUUCUUAGCUUUUCCACAGAAAUUUAUAGAUCUCCUUCAGCAAUGUACUAAUGAACACAGCAAAGAAAUUCCCAGGUUUUUGCUACAGUUAGUUUCUUCAGCAGCUAUUUUGGAUAAUUCACCAGUAUUGUUAAAUGUGGUGGAAACAAAUCCUUUUAAGCAUCUUACACACCUUUCACUAAAACUUUUACCUGGAAGUGAUGUGGAAGUAAAGAAAUUUCUAGCAGGCUGUUUGAAAUGUAUUAAGGAAGAAAAAUUAUCGUUGACACAAUCAUUAGAGGAUGUUACUAGGCAACUGAACUUGACACAAAAGACAUUAUCAGAAAAAAUCCAAGAAAUAGAUAAGCUUCGGAAUGAAUGGACAUCUCACACAGCAGCAUUGACAAAUACACAUUCUCAGGAACUGACAAAUGAGAAGGAAAAGGCUUUGCAGGCACAAGUUCAGUAUCAGCAGCAACAAGAACAACAGAAAAAAGAUUUAGAAAUUCUUCAUCAACGAAAUAUUAACCAGCUACAAAACAGAUUGUCUGAGUUAGAAACGGCUAAUAAAGACCUAACUGAACGAAGAUAUAAAGGUGACUCCACUGUCAGAGAACUCAAGGCAAAACUUUCCAGUGUUGAAGAGGAGCUCCAGCGGACUAAGCAAGAAGUUCUGUCUUUACGAAGAGAGAAUUCUACACUAGAUGCUGAAUGUCAUGAAAAAGAAAAGCAUAUUAAUCAGCUACAAACAAAAGUAGCUGUUUUGGAACAGGAAAUCAAGGAUAAGGACCAGCUUGUUUUAAGAACAAAAGAAGCAUUUGAUACAAUCCAGGAACAAAAGGUAGCUUUGGAAGAAAAUGGAGAGAAAAGUCAGGUGCAACAAGAAAAACUUGAAGCUACAAUAAAAUCAUUGUCAGCAGAACUUCUUAAGGCAAAUGAAAUUAUCAAGAAGUUACAAGGGGAUCUUAAAACUUUAAUGGGUAAGUUGAAACUGAAGAAUACAGUUACUAUUCAGCAAGAAAAACUCUUGGCUGAGAAGGAAGAAAAAUUACAAAAGGAACAAAAAGAAUUACAAGAUAUUGGACAGUCUCUUCGAACUAAAGAGCAAGAGGUAUGUAGAUUACAAGACCAGUUAGAAGCUACAGUUCAAAAACUUGAAGAAAGCAAACAGCUUUUGAAAAAUAAUGAAAAGUUAAUCACAUGGUUAAAUAAAGAACUAAAUGAAAAUCAACUAGUGAGAAAACAAGAUGCAUUGGGACCUUCUGCCACUCCACCUGCACAUUGUAGCAGCAACACAAUCAGAAGUGGAAUUUCUCCUAACUCUAAUAUGGUUGAUGGUAGACUGACUUACCCGUCUUGUGGAAUUGGUUAUCCUGUGUCCUCUGCAUAUGGAUUCCAGAAUACCUUUCCACAUUCAGUAUCUACCAAAAAUGCCAUGCACCCAGUUUCAGGACCAAAGGUUAAGUUUAACUUACAGUUUACAAAACCAAACACAGCUGUAGGAGAUGUUCAGGCAGGAGCAACUGAUAAGGAAAAUGGUGAAAAUUUGGGGUUGGAAUCAAAAUAUCUGAAGAAAAGGGAAGAUAGCAUUCCUUUACGUGGACUCAGCCAGAACCUAUUUAAUAAUGCAGACCACCAAAAAGAUGGCACUUUAAGUGCAUUACAGCCAGCCUCAAAACCCACAGUGCUCCCUUCUAUGUCUUCAGCUUAUUUCCCUGGGCAGUUACCAACCAGUUAA